GUGAGAGUGUCAGCUGACCUCACUGGGAUUUUUUUCUAACGAAACUAUCCAGUACAGCCAUGUACCGUAUCGGUGAUCAAUUUAUUGAUCGAAUACAGUGUGUAUGACAGCGUGUAAAGCAUCUGCUGAAGUCAUAUUAUUUCUUAAUAUUUUACAGCAGUUGUACCCCUGACUCAGAGUCUACUGAAUCGGGUCCGACACCAUGCUAGCCACAGUGACUGCUGUGGUUAGGUUUGCUCAAUACAAUGGCAGCAUUUCACCUACACCAUUGGAGAACACAUCAACAUUCCCAACUUGGCAACCUGAUACUGAAGCCAACAUCUCCAAGCCUCACACAUGUCUACAAGUUCUGUACGAGGACAUUGGAGACUCCAGGGUGCGGUUCUGGGACAUUUUACUGCUUGUUCCUAAUGUGGCGUUCUUUGUAUUCCUGAUGUGGAAGUUGCCCUCAGCCAGGGCAAAGAUUCGACUCACAUCCAGCCCUAUCUUCGUCACCUUUUACUUGCUGGUGUUUGUUGUAGCGGCAGUUGGAAUCACCCGGGCCGUAGUGUCCAUGACUGUCAGUGCGUCCAGCGCUGCCACCAUUAUAGACAAAGUGCUGUGGGAAAUCACCCGUUUCUUCUUGCUGGCUAUUGAGCUCAGUGUUGUCAUCUUGGGACUGGCUUUCGGUCACCUGGAGAGCAAGUCCAGUAUAAAGCGAGUGCUGGCGAUCACUGCUGUGCUGGCUCUGGGCUACUCCAUCACACAGGGCACACUCGAGAUUCUGUAUCCAGACAGUCACCUCUCCGCUGAGGACUUCAACAUCUACGGUCACGGAGGACGGCACUUCUGGUUGGCCAGCUCCUGCUUCUUCUUCCUGGUGUACUCUUUGAUUGUGAUCUUGCCUAAAACUCCAGUGAGGGAGCGGAUAUCGCUUCCAUCUAAGAGGAGCUUCUAUGUGUAUGCUGCCAUCCUGUCUUUACUGAACCUCGUCCAGGGCCUGGGCAGUGCUCUGCUAUGUGCUGGAAUCAUAGAGGGACUCUGCUGUGUGGAUGUCACCACCUUCCUGUACUUCUCCACCUUUGCUCCGCUCAUUUAUGUCACAUUCCUGAAGGGCUUCUUUGGUUCAGAGCCCAAGAUCCUUUUCUCCUACAAGUCACAGGUGGAUGAGCCGGAUGAAAGUGACGUCCACCUUCCCCCGACCGUCGCUACAACCAUUGGCCGUAAGGAGAUGACUGACCAGGGCCUGUUCUACUCCUCCACCCAGAUCGAUGGCUCCGGUCCCGGCAGCUCUCGCAUGGUUGGAGCAUACCUGGAUGAUGUCGCCUCAGGACCCUAUGGGUCCAGCAGCAUUAACAGCAUUGAAGCUGACCGCUGGAGACCUAUCAAUGCGUGAAUGAAGAGGAGAACGGAAGAAGAGUGGUGGUUAUUCGGCUGGACUUAAAUAUUGUGCGUGUGUAGUGUGUAAUGCAAGGUGGCCAAAAAAAAGCUGAACAAAGAAGUUGGACACCAAGAACGGGUAAUUGUGGUCUUGCUUCGACGACAGGAUAAGUUAACAAGUGGACACAUAAGGAGAAACUCUUGCUAGCCAAUUAUCUGGUGGACUGUGAAUUUAGCAACUGCUUUUGUAACACUGUUGCCAGAGUGCACUGCUGCUGUAGCUCCACACUAGAAGCUCUGUUGUGGCCCCGACAGAAACCGUAUUGAUUCUGUUUAACGUGCUCUUAAAUGUGGGAGCUUACCGACUCGUCCCAGCACAUUUUUUGUCAUUCCAGAGUCAUGCAUCAACUGCUCAAUAAUUAAGUUUUAACCUCAUUUUAAGUACCCAAUUCUUAAAAAUCUAACAUUCUUUUGAUGGCAACUCAACAUCUGUACAUUCCCACUAAAAGCUUUGAGUAUCUCAACUGAAUGUGUUAUCUUCUGCCUUGUAUUAGCUUUGUGACCCAAGUUGGCUAAUCAUUUUUGACUGGAUCACCUCUUUCCACAGGGCAAGAUCAAGUGCUAUUUCAUUUUGUUAGGCGUGCUUUGUCGUCUGAAAUAGGUCCUGUCCCUCCUGUGAACAAGUGAAAAGUGUUAGCGUGAUGUGUGUCACUGCAAUAUAAUAGGAAAGAUCAGUAACUCCUAGAUACAGGCAAUACAUUCAAGGUAAAGAGCCCAAACCAUCUUUAACACCCUCUGCCAGGAAUUGCUGAGACACAAGAGCAAAUCUCAAAUUGUGUCUCAGCUAUAAACUCGCUACCUAUCAUUUCUCUUCUCUUUUAUUUAUUUCAGGCUUCUGCUUUAAUUUCUUUCACCAGAUUAAUCAUUCCUGCUACUGAAAGCACAUGUGUUAGCUUCAUAGUCAUUAAGAAUGUCGUGUGUGACUUGAACAACAAAUGUGUAGAAACCUUUUUUGUGUAUUCCAAAUUAGACAUGUCCUCCUUCCAUAUCAGCUCUGCUUGCUGCAAACGGGUUGCUAUUACAAUUGUACUUUUCUGCAAUAUCUUUUUAUUUUUCUCCUGUGUUCAGAUUUUCCACAAAUGUUAUUACAAGUGCUCAACUUAAACCAAAAAAAUAUAUGGUAUUGAUACAGUGUAAUUAUUUAGAUAUUAACCUUAAAUGUGCCCUGAGCAGGUGAGGCUCAGGGCCUUUAAGGCACAUUACAUUUAUUUAUUCCUACCCAGGAAAUAUGAUGUAUGUGAGUUUCCCCCUGAAAAUGCUAUAUGUUUGGUAUAAAUGAAUUUCUGUAUUUAAGCUAGCAGUAUUCAGAUAGUAGUGACCUGUAAUGCAGAAAAUAUAAGGAUACAUUUAUUUUUUCAACAUUUUAAAUCAACAACGUCGUAAAGAAGUUGUGUAUUUCCAAGAAAUUACAGUAUUUGCCUUGCUCUUAGAAAUAUUAUAUAUUCAAAUUUGAGUGCCGGUGAUAACUUCUGUAUAACUUGAAACUAGAAUAGUGAUUGGGAGUUUGCUGAUUCAUGACAUGAGUUCACAAGGUGCAUCGUUAUGAAAGUCCGCUCUCUUGAUAGACACGAUUUUGAGGUUGAAAUCAUUUUGCAAAUGAUCUGUAAAUUGCCUUUUUAUUUAAGUGCAUUGAUUGUAUAAUAUUCAGCCCAUAUUAAUGCAAUGUAUUGAGCAUUCCGUGACCUACAGAAUAAACCAUGGACUCUUUCA